CUCGCAGUUGUCACAUUUUUCCAGCGAUUUCGUUCGUUUCGCAAAACAUGCCAGCUGAUGUAACAUUUUUUAGUUGAAAACUUUAAUGAAGUGCGUGUGAUUUCAGUUCGAAUUAUCGUGCAAUUAGAACUUUAAAUAAUCCUCGAAAAGUGCAGAACAAAAUGAACCAACUAGUGUGUAGAAUAAGUCGACCAACGGCGAAUGUUUUAGCUCGCCAUGUGAAGCAGCAUUCCAGUUUCAGUGCGCUGCGAUUCGGAUCCAAUGCCGGUGUUGUCGGUGGCCGGAGUGAGCGAGCAUUGGUGGACCGUGCCCGAGGGAUGUUGGCGGGGAACUACUGGAGCAAUGUGCCCAUGCGGAAUGCGUUGUGCUCCGUGCAGGUUUUAGCUUCUCGUUCCUAUUGCGCCAAGCGAGAUCCGGACGAUGAUGAAACGGUUCCAGAACCGGAGCCGGUGCAAUUCUCAAGUCAGCUUCCAGCCACUGUGGCCAUCCCGGAGGUGUGGCCGCAUUUGCCUGUGAUCGCCACCAAGCGGAAUCCUGUGUUUCCAAGAUUUAUGAAAAUUCUGGAGGUCACCAACCCCAUGCUGAUAGAUUUGAUUAGACGGAAGGUCAAGUUGAAUCAGCCCUACGCUGGCAUUUUCCUCAAGAAAGACGACGAGAACCCAAACGAAGUGGUGGACAACUUGACGGAAAUUUACAACGUUGGAACGUUCGCACAGAUUCAGGAAAUGCAAGAUCUGGGUGACAAACUGCGGCUCGUUGUGACCGCUCAUCGGCGUAUCAAAAUCGUUGGCCAACUGUACGAAGAUCUGGACGCCACCCAAGAGGGAAAGCAAAUGACAAUAAAAUAUCCGUUCUUUAAAACGCAAAUCAAUGUCUCAGUGGACGAAAGUGAUGCCGAGAAGCGACGACGGAAGCACAAAAAUCGUAACAAGAAAGUGAUUCGGAACGCAAACAACGACAGCACCGUGGAUGGAGAACCGGUCGAGGAACCUCCGAAGCGAAGACUGCUCAAGGACGGAGAACAACAGCCGGUGCUGAUGGUGGAAGUGGAAAACGUUAAGCACGAAUCGUUCAAACACACCGAAGAAGUGAAAGCCCUGACGCAGGAAGUCAUCAAGACCAUUCGGGACAUCAUUACAAUGAAUCCGCUUUAUCGAGAAAGCUUGCAGCAAAUGUUAAACCAAAAUCAACGGGUCGUUGAUAAUCCGGUUUAUCUGUGCGAUUUGGGAGCUUCGUUAUCGGCUGCGGAUCCACCAGAACUUCAAGAUAUUCUCGAAGAAAUGGAUAUACCAAAACGAUUAAUGUUGUCACUGUCGCUCCUGAAAAAGGAACUGGAACUGUCCAAACUGCAGGCAAAAAUCGGCCGCGAAGUGGAAGAAAAGGUCAAACAACAGCACCGUAAAUACAUCCUGCAGGAGCAACUCAAAGUCAUCAAAAAGGAACUGGGAAUCGAGAAGGAAGAUAAAGAUGCCAUUGGGGAAAAGUACCGUGAACGCAUCAAGGACAAGGUUGUUCCGAAAGCCGUCGCCGACGUAAUCGAGGAAGAGCUGAACAAGCUCAAUUUUUUGGAAAGUCACAGCUCGGAGUUCAACGUUACCCGGAACUACCUAGACUGGCUGACGACUCUGCCGUGGGGUGUAAUGAGUGAAGAGAAUCUGGACAUUGAUCGUGCCACGGAAAUCCUCGACUCCGACCAUUACGGAAUGGAGGACAUUAAAAAGCGCAUUUUGGAGUUCAUAGCCGUGAGUCAACUUAAAGGUACAACUCAGGGAAAGAUUUUGUGCUUUUAUGGCCCACCCGGUGUUGGUAAAACGAGUAUUGCGCGAUCGAUUGCCCGGGCAUUGAAUAGGGAGUACUUCCGGUUCAGCGUUGGAGGAAUGACCGAUGUCGCUGAAAUCAAGGGACACCGAAGGACGUACGUCGGAGCUAUGCCAGGAAAAUUGAUCCAGUGCCUGAAAAAGACCAAAACGGAGAAUCCGCUAGUUCUGAUCGACGAGGUCGACAAAAUUGGAAAGGGUUAUCAGGGUGAUCCUAGUUCGGCGCUUUUGGAACUUCUGGAUCCGGAGCAGAACGUAAACUUCCUCGACCAUUACCUCGAUGUUCCCGUGGACCUGUCCAAGGUGUUGUUCAUUUGUACUGCCAACGUCAUUGAAACCAUCCCCGAGCCUUUGCGAGAUCGUAUGGAAAUGAUUGAUAUGUCAGGAUACGUAGCCGAAGAGAAGGUAGCCAUAGCAAAGCAAUAUCUCAUUCCACAAGCGAAGAAUAAUUGCGGUCUUGAGGACAAGCACAUCAACAUCACCGACGAAGCACUAAACGUACUAAUUCGCUCCUACUGCCGGGAAUCUGGAGUGCGAAAUCUCCAGAAACAGAUCGAAAAAGUCGUACGCAAAGUGACUUUCAAAAUCGUGCGCAAAGAAGUUGAAUCUGCCGAAGUCACCGGAGACAAUCUCAACGAGCUGCUAGGUAAACCAAUUUUCACCCACGAUCGAAUGUACGAUUCAACGCCACCGGGAGUGGUCAUGGGUCUGGCCUGGACUGCCAUGGGGGGUUCUGCGUUAUAUAUUGAAACGGCCAAGAGACGGUUGAUCGAGGCAAAGGAGAAAAUCGGCGAUGGCUCUCUUGAACUAACCGGUCAUUUGGGUGACGUAAUGAAGGAAUCGGCGCGAAUUGCACUUACAGUAGCGCGAAACUACAUUAAGCAGCAUGAUCAGAGCAAUGAUUUCCUCGAAUCUAGUCAUAUUCACUUGCACGUUCCGGAGGGAGCAACGCCCAAAGACGGCCCCAGUGCCGGAGUUACGAUAGUUACAGCAUUGCUGUCCCUUGCGAAGGGUAAACCCAUUCGCCAAAACGUGGCCAUGACCGGUGAAGUGUCUCUCAUGGGUAAGGUUUUGCCAGUUGGAGGUAUCAAAGAGAAAACCAUUGCUGCCAAACGAAGUGGGGUUGACUGUAUAAUCCUACCCGAAGAGAAUAAAAAGGAUUACACGGACCUGCCGAAAUACAUUACCGAUGGCUUGGAAGUGCAUUUUGUUGAUCAUUACUCAGACGUGUAUAAAAUUGUGUUCGCCGAAGACGGCAAAUAGGGAAACAGUUUAGGGCAGUCUACAGCUUCAGUGAAGUUAGUUAUCUACAGAUGAUAAGGCUCUCGUUAAUGUUGUUGUUAAGGAAUCAAAUAAAGGCGGUAACAUAUUUGAUCAUAACUUCUGAA